GUUAAUUCACUCUGAAUAAAAAACAUUGAAUAAUGAUGACAUAUAGCACUAAUACCUAUGAUGACUAUAAUCGUCGUUUCAGCCUACAGAAUGAGCGUGUGGUUAUCUCGGAUAGCUAUAAUUAUGGCAAUGAUGGCAGCUGUCAAAAGCAGCCUCAACAUCUUAGUACGUUAUGUCCCGAUAAAAGCUAUCUAAAAAAACCCUUUUAUCAACAAAAAAUAUUGAAGCAGCCGUCAACCGCAGUGAUCAACUAUGAUCAGUACAAUAACCACCUUCUUAGUGAAGAAGAGUACGACGACGGGCAAUACACCGAUCACCCUCCUGAAGCUGGAUACUACAAUUUCUUUGCUGAUAUGACAGAUUCACUUCAAGGUCGAAGAAGGUGGUCCCAUAAUUACAAUUCAUAUUUUUGUAUCGAUGAAUUAAGUCUUGGAGCAUCCAGGCAUUCAUACGCUCCUCAGGAUCAGUUAGAAUAUGAACCUAUGUAUGAUUAUUCUACUGGGCAGAAACUUCCAGCUUUGCACAACAAAUGGUGUUUAGAUGUAGAUAGCCCUAAAGGGUCUUCCGGGACUCCAAUAACCAAACCUAAUCGAUCAAGCUAUGGUCUUCAACAAUCGGAAGGAAUCGAUGAUGCUACCAUGUUGAAUUCGGAUGGGCACAGAAGGAAGUCUAUGCAUACUCGUGUUUCAGUGCCUCUCUCCAGCCACUUGGGGGAUACAAGCCUAUCAGAAGCAUCGAACGAAUAUGGCAUGCAAUUCAAUAAUUUCGAUGACAGUGAACUACCAGUUCAAGAUGCUAUAGAUGACCAAGACUUAUCCUUCGGUCCAAAUUCAGUAAUGAUGCGACGAAACAUCCGCACAAACUCGGCUGUAUCUAUUUCUAACGCUAACAGUAGCACUACCAACAACACUGCAACCGAAAAUGGUAAUACUGAGUUUGGUACUCCAUCACCAGGAUAUACCUAUAACUCUUUUCUUGAUGAAAUUGCCCACCAAUCGUUGGAUAAUACAGGCCAUGAAGUGGCACCAUCCAUGGCCGUUUAUAAUGCUGUUCAAAACACUUCCUCAGAGCAGUAUCUGGCACUUGAAAAGAGAAAGAAAUGGUACAAAAAUUUGGUUCACUUCACAAUAAUUGCACUGAAAAGAUCUCCCUUCGCAAUACCGAAAAAUAGCAAUAGAAAUCACCAUCAAAUGCAACCUGAUAUUCAAUUCUUACCUGCUACAAAUACCGAUUCAAUGGGAGACGUGCUUGAUAUAAAGCAACAAAAAGAAUUGUUACAUAGAUUACAUCAUCAUCAAACUACCACAAGUGGCGGAACACCUACCGCUUUCUUUCCGCAGCAUGUUCUUAGUAAUAAACUUUCACCAGAUAAAACUAAAAUAAUAAGUCUUAAUCGCAUCUGGGCUUUUAGGCUUUUGGAAAAAGAAGCAGAAGGAGAAGAGGAUAACAGCGAUCAGCGCAGUCCUGUUACUACUGCUGCUGCCACAGGCUGUUGGAUUGGUUUUGACUAUGAAAACCAACGAAAGAUAGAAAAUCAUAUUAAAAAUUUAGCUAUAAAACCAGAAGAUGGAAGACUUGCUAUUUACGAUUCACAUAUCCGUCAAAAAGCCAUACCUGUCAUCGUGACACCUCUGGGACAAAAAGCAUAUUAUUUUGCUGAUUCACAGCAGAAUCAGUUGAUAGUCUUGGAAGUUGCAUCAAUUCAAAAUGAUCAUGAAAAGGUCACUUUCGUAUAUAGAGUAUGAUAUGAAAUGGAAAGAAGAAUAAACUAUUAAUUAAGAGCUAUCACAUGAACAAGUCAGAU